GGUGUGCUUCAAAAUCUCCCUCAAAAACAUUUAAAACAUGAACCCCACCACCACCGCCCACCGCCCAUCUCCGAUCAGCCUUCCGCCGUCUCCGGUGCGUCCGCGGCGUAGCAAUGGCCAUCUGCACCACCAGAUUCCUUCUGAUUCUCUCUCUGAUUUCCGCCGUUCCGAUUGCAUUUCUCAUCUCGCUCGAGCUCGCGACGCCCCCCUCGCGAGUUUAUUACUACCACAGCAGCGGAUUCUUYAGAGAGACCGCGAAAUGGGACGAUCUCAACCGUCGAUUCUUGGUCGGGUUCAUGGAGGGCGGCGUGGGCCAGAUCGCCGUCCCCGACGGCGGGCAGUCGCCGGAGACCGUUCUGGAGGAAGUUCGAGUGAUCGAUGAUCCCGAUUUGCGGGGGAAUGCGUCGCUAGGGAUUUCGAUCGACCGGCCGAGGAAUCGGCUGCUCGUCGUUACUUCCGAUGUGCGCGGGAAGAGAUUCAAUGGACUCGCAGCCUAUGAUCUCUCCACUUGGAAUCGCCAAUUUCUCACCCAACUCAGUGGUCCCAGCGACGAGAAAUCGUUUGCAGACGACGUAGCGGUAGAUUCGGAGGGCAAUGCGUAUGUUACAGAUGUCAAACAAAGCAAAAUAUGGAAGGUUGGAGUUGAUGGGAAGUUCAUGUCUACCAUAAAAAGUUCUUUGUUCAUUCCAAAGGAGCGAUACAAGCGCAUGUUCGGGCUAAACGGCAUCGUUUAUCACCCAGAUGGGUUCUUAAUAGUUGUUCAUUCAAUGAGUGGAGACUUGUUUAAGGUAGAUUUGGACAAGGGAUCAGAGGAAGCUAAAGUUAAGCCGAUCAAUGUAACUGGGGGCCAUCUUACAUUUGGAGAUGGUCUAGAGCUUCUUUCUCCAACCAAACUUGUGGUUGCUCGUCACCCUUAUACAAGAAUGUUGGAGAGCUUGGACGGCUGGGAGACGGCCGCGGUGGUGGCGACGUUGUCCGGGCUUAAGCAUCGGUGGGUGACGGCAGCCACCGUGAAAGACGGUAAGGUGUACGUCAACCACAUGCUUGGUAUGGGGUAUCCCAAGAAGAAGCAUGCUAUCGUAGAGGCAACUUUUUCUGCAUAGAUGAUUUUUUCAAGAUAAAGAAGGUUUUUUUUUU